CUGCCGCUUUAAGCAAUGCGCGUGCACGUCAACAAAGUCAACCCGGUGCCGUCCGCGAAAGAAACUCCGACACGGGACGGGACGGACUUUGACGCUGACGUCAAUUCAAGUCGACUCUUGUCUUUGCAAGAUAAGAGCAAAGUUGCUAGGGCUAGGCGAGGGAGGGAGGGAGGUCGCCCGUCGCCCGCCCUUGCGGAAGCACCUGCCGCGAUGCACCUGUCGUAAGGGAAGCGGCGGCUUCCGGGUUGGCCGCCCGCCGCGCACGCACCUGUGGACUUUGGCGGUUGUCGAGGAGCGACAAGAAACAUGUCCGUCAACGAGCUCUUCACGAAGUACACGCGAGUAUGGAUCCCGGACCCGGAGACCGUGUGGCGGGCAGCGGAGAUCAGCCGAGACUUCAAGCAGGGAGAGUCUGUGCUCCAUCUCUGCCUGGAGGAUGGCACGCCGCUGGAAUACCCGCUGGGCCCCGCCGGCAACCCCAUGCCGUUCCUGCGCAACCCCGACAUCCUGGUGGGCGAGAACGACCUGACGGCGCUCAGCUAUCUUCACGAGCCCGCCGUGCUGCACAACCUCCGAGUGCGAUUCCUGGAGUCCAACCACAUCUACACCUACUGCGGUAUCGUCCUGGUGGCCAUCAACCCGUACGAGGAGCUGCAGAUCUACGGCGAGGAGGUGAUCAACGCCUACAGCGGUCGCAACAUGGGCGACAUGGACCCGCACAUCUUUGCCGUGGCCGAGGAAGCCUACAAGCAGAUGGCCAGGGACGAGAGGAACCAGUCCAUUAUCGUGAGCGGCGAAUCGGGAGCCGGCAAGACCGUCUCCGCUAAGUACGCCAUGAGAUUCUUUGCCACUGUGGGAGGAUCUGCCAACGACACCAACGUGGAAGAGAAAGUCCUCGCCUCCAGUCCCAUCAUGGAGGCCAUCGGCAACGCCAAGACCACCAGGAACGACAACAGCAGCCGCUUUGGCAAGUACAUUGAGAUCGGCUUCGACCGCAGCUACCACAUUAUUGGCGCCAACAUGCGGACGUACCUGCUGGAGAAGUCGCGGGUGGUCUUUCAGGCUGAAGAUGAGCGCAAUUACCACAUUUUCUACCAGCUGUGCGCCUCGGCCUCUUUGCCGGAGCUGCGAGACCUCGGCCUCGCCAGCGCCGAGGACUUUGCCUACACGUCCGCGGGCGAGAACAUCUUCAUCGAGGGCGUGAACGACGCCAACGAGCUGGACAGGACGCGGCGGGCCUUUAGACUGCUGGGUAUCAAAGACGCCAGCCAGAUCGUCGUCUUCAGGGUGCUGGCGGCCAUCUUGCAUCUGGGCAACGUCCAGAUCUGCGCCCAGAGGGACGGCGAGUCCUGCCACGUGUCGAGCGACGACGAGCACCUGGCUCAUUUCUGCCGGCUCCUGGGCCUGGAGCUCCCGCAAAUGGAGCACUGGCUGUGCCACAGGAAGUUGGCCACGGCCAGCGAGACCUACGUGAAGAACAUGUCGGCCGAGCGGGCGGCCAACGCCCGCGAUGCCCUGGCCAAGCACAUCUACGCCCGCGUCUUCGACUGGAUCGUGGCGCACAUCAACCUGGCGCUGCGCGCGUCCUCUGAGCGACGCUCCUUCAUCGGCGUCCUCGACAUCUACGGGUUCGAAACCUUCGAGGUCAACAGCUUCGAGCAGUUCUGCAUCAACUACGCUAACGAGAAGCUGCAGCAGCAGUUCAACUCGCACGUGUUCAAGUUGGAGCAGGAGGAGUACAUGAAGGAGCAGAUCCCGUGGACCCUGAUCGAUUUCCACGACAACCAGCCGUGCAUCGACCUGAUUGAGGCGCGACUGGGCGUGCUUGACCUUCUGGACGAGGAGUGCAAAGUCCCCAAAGGAACGGAUCAGAACUGGGCCCAGAAGCUGUACAAGCGGCACUCCUCCAACGCCCACUUUCAGAAGCCUCGAAUGUCCAACUCUGCUUUCGUCAUUCUCCACUUUGCCGAUCAGGUGGCGUACGAGUGCGCCGGCUUCCUGGAGAAGAACCGCGACACCGUCUACGACGAGCAGAUCAACAUCCUCAAGGCCAGUAAGCUUCAGCUGGUGGCCGACCUGUUUGCCACCGAGGACGGCGGCCCCAAAUCGUCCAGGGUCAACGUGCGGCCCGCAAAAUCCACGCCCAGACCGCCCAACAAAGAGCACAGGAAGAGCGUGGGCCUUCAGUUCCGCAGUUCUCUGCAUCUUCUGAUGGAGACGCUCAACGCCACCACGCCUCACUACGUGCGCUGCAUCAAACCCAACGACGACAAGCAGGCCUUCUCGUUUGACUCUGGUCGAGCUGUGCAGCAGCUGCGGGCGUGCGGCGUCCUGGAGACCAUCCGCAUCAGCGCCGCCGGAUACCCGUCCAGGUGGACCUACGUCGACUUCUUCAGCAGGUACCGCGUGUUGAUGCGCAAGUCGGACGUAUCGUGCCCGGAUAAGAAGUCGGUGUGCCAGACGCUCUUGGCGACGCUCAUCAAGGAAGGUGACAUGUUCCAGUUGGGGAAGAGCAAGAUCUUCUUCAGGGCCGGUCAGGUGGCCUACUUGGAGAAGUUGCGUGCCGACAAGUUCCGCGCCGCCUGCAUGGUCAUCCAGAAGACGGUGCGCGGCUGGCUGCAGAGGCUGCGCUACCGCAAGAUCCGCAAAUCUGCCAUUUUGCUGCAGCGAUACGGGCGAGGCUACCUGGCGCGCAGGUACGCCGAAUACUUGCGGCUGACGCGCGCCACCGUGGUGUGCCAGAAGAAUUACCGCAUGGCCAGAGAGCGCCGCGCCUUCCUGCAGCUGCGCCGGGCCACCGUCACCAUCCAGGCCUUUACACGGGGGAUGUUCACGCGCAGGAUCUUCCAGGAGUUCGUGCUGCACCACAAGGCGCUGGUCAUCCAGAGGUGUGUCCGCGGCUGGCUGCAGAGGGUCCGCUACCGCCGCAUGCGGCGGGCCGCCGUGGUGCUGCAGUGCGCCUUCAGGCGCUCUCGAGCGCAGCGCCGCUUCCGGACGCUCAAGACGGAGGCGCCCGUGGCCCGACGCCUGACCAAGCUCAACGCCGGCAUGGAGAACAAGAUUGUGCAGCUGCAGAUAAAGAUGGACGACCAGGGUAAGGAGUACCGCGAGCAGAACGAGCAGCUCCUGCGCGCCAACACCAGCCUGGGCACGGAGCUCAGCCGGGUCCAGCAGCAGCUGCAGCACCUGCAGCAGACGCGCAGCCAGCAGGGCGGCGCCACAGCCGCCGCUCAGCUCACGACGCUGCGAGCCGAGCUGGAGGCGCUGAGCAAGGAGUUGGAGGGGGCUCGGGCCCACGAGAGCCAGACGGAGGAGCGCCACCGCACUGAGAAGCUGGAGCUGACCCAGAGAGUCGCUGAGCUGGAGGAGGAGAAUGCGCUGCUCAAGAGCCAAAAAGAAGAACUCAACCAGAAGAUCAAACAGCAGUCGAAGCGCGCUCAAGAGGACGUGGGCAGCGCCUUGCUGCGCGCUGAGAUGGACGCCGAACGACGUCGCUACCAAAAUCUCCUGAAGGAAUAUUCCGCACUCGAGCAGAGAUACGACAACCUGAAGGAGGAAGUUUCUCUGGCCAAGUUCCAGCCGGGCCACCACAGAAGCUCGUCCAAUCAGAGCAGCCUGGAGUCGGACUCCAACUACACGUCCAUCUCCACCUCGGAGGCGGGAGAUGCCGAUGAUGUCCUGCAGCUGGUGGAGGAGGUGGGCGCGGACAAGGCGGCCAUGGACAUCGGCAUCUUCGUCAAGCUGCAGAAGCGCGUGCGAGACUUGGAACAGGAGCGGAAGCGGCUGCAAGCCAGCCUGGACAAAAUGGACGAGGUGGCCAAAAACAAGGACAGCGUAGACGCGGCGGUAGACGCGGCGGUGGCAGCGGCAGCGGCGAGUCUCACGGAGGAGGCGGCUGCUGACUUGGCCUACAAUAACCUGAAGCGUGAGGAGCUGGAGCUGGAGAACAGGCAGCUGAAGGAGCACCUGGAGGAGCUGCGUCGCAGCGUGGGCCGAGAGGCGCCCCGUGACGGCUACCACGUCCUGAUGAGUCAGCUGAAGGCGGCCAACGAGGAGCUGGACGCGCGCAAGGAAGAAGUGGUCAUGCUUAAGACGCAGCUUGUCAGCGCUGCCCCGCCCACGCACCAGCAGGUGCUGGAGACGGAAAGCGGCGAGAGGGUCGACGCGGUGGCGACGCUGCCGUCAGACAGGGACCAGGCUCUGACGCUCUACCGGCAGGUGUGCCAGUCCAACCAGCUCAUGGAGCAUGAGCUUCAGUCUCAAGCGCGCCAGCACGGCCAGGAAGUGGACGCGCUGCGGGCUGAGAUGGAGACGCUGAAGGCUGACGUAGAGAAGAAGCAGGAGGUGCUCAACUAUGCCACAUCCCUGUCGCCCCAGGCCCUGCUGGAGUACAGCGUGCAGCUGGAGAUCACAAGGCUCACUGACGACAACCUGGACCUGAAGGAACUAGUGGAGAAACUAGAGAAGAAUGAGCGCAAGCUGAAGAAACAGCUGAGGAUCUACAUGAAGAAAGUCCAGGAGCUGCAAGCGAGUCGCGGCGCCGGCGCCGGCGGCCACCGCCAUCCCAAGUCCGACUUGGGUCGUCACGUGACGCUUCAACGCAAGGAGAAAGACUUUGAGGGCAUGCUGGAGUACGACCGGGAAGACGAACCUCUGCUCAUCCAGAUGCUCGUCACAGACAUGCGCCCGAGUAUGUUGUCUGGGACGGUACCGUGUCUCCCGGCGUACAUCCUCUUCAUGUGCGUCCGCCACGCCGAUUACGUUAACGACGACGGCAAGGUGGAGUCUCUGCUCACCGCCACCAUCAACGCCGUCAAGCGCGUCCUUAAGAGGAACGAGGACUUUGAGACCACGUCCUUCUGGCUGGCCAACACCAGCCGCCUCCUGCACUGCCUUAAGCAAUACAGCGGAGACGAGGCCUUUGUGGUUCAGAACACGGCCAAGCAGAACGAGCACUGCCUGAAGAACUUUGACCUGACCGAGUACCGGCAGGUGCUCAGCGACCUGUCCAUUCAGAUCUACCAGCAGCUCGUACGCAUCGCCGAGGCCGCCAUCCAGCCUAUGAUCGUGUCGGCCAUGUUGGAGAGCGAGAGCAUCCCCAGCCUGGCCGGGGUCAAGCCCGCCGGCUAUCGCAACCGCUCGUCCAGCGUGGACCAGGACGGCGGCCAGGGCACGCCGUCUGGCGGCUACACGCUGCAGGCGCUCAUCCGCCAGCUGAGCCUCUUUGACGGCAUCAUGCGAGAGCACGGCCUGGACCCCGAGAUCGCCGGCCAGGUGGUCCGCCAGCUCUUUCACUGCGUCAACGCCGUCACGCUUAACAACAUCCUGCUGCGCAAGGACGUCUGCUCCUGGAGCACGGGCAUGCAGCUAAGGUACAACACGAGCCAGAUGGAAGAAUGGCUGCGCGCUAACAAGUUAUACCAGACUGGGGCGGCGCAGACGCUCUGUCCCAUCAUUCAAAUUGCUCAGCUGCUGCAAGUCAAGAAGAAAACCUCGGAGGACGCCGACGCCAUCUGCUCGCUCUGCACUGCUCUCAAUUCCCAGCAGAUAGUCAAGAUCCUCAACUUGUACACGCCACUCAACGAGUUUGAAGAGCGCGUGACCGUGGCCUUCAUCAGGAACAUACAGAAACAACUCCAGGAGCGUGAAGCGAGCGAGGCUCAGGAGGGGCCCGUGGCCAAGGAGGCCUCCCAGCUGCUGGUGGACACCAAGCAGACGCUGCCGCUGCUCUUCCCGUACGCGCCGUCCUCGCUGGGCCUGGAGACGCUCCAUAUUCCCGCCUCGCUGGGACUGCACUUCCUGGUCAGGGUCUGACCUGACUUCCCGCCCGCGGGAACACGGGGACCAAUUUUUACAGGGACCAACUUUGACCUUAAUCACGAAUUCACCUUUGUACUCAUUUUGUAAAAUACAUUUGGCUUCCAGCCAGGUGGUCGGUCUUAGCGCAA